AUGGUAGCAAGGCGAGGUCUUGUAGCACCCCAAAAUUUCUUCCUUGACUCUGUUAUUAGACGUUGUAAUAAUACUGAAUCCUCUUUUAUCCUGGCAAAUGCUCAAAUUUGUGAUUAUCCCAUUGUUUAUUGCAAUGAAGGUUUUUCAAAAAUGAUUGGUUAUAGUCGUGCUGAAACAAUGCAAAAGAAUGCAUCUCUUUCCUUUAUGUACAGCGACCACACAGACACUUCAGCAAUUCAAAAAAUUCAAAAUGCUUUAGAAAAUGCAAAAACAGAGCAAGUUGAAAUUGGCCUUUGCAAAAAGAAUAAGACGAAUGUUUGGUUAUUAAUGAAUAUAUCUCCAAUAAUGGGGAGUGCAGGAACUGAAGCAGGUGUUGGGGGAGGUCAUUCAGAAACAACAGAAAAGAAAACUGGCUCGGCAAAAGUUGGAGGGAGUGGGGGAAUUGAUAUUAAAAAUAAAGUAGUUUUGUAUUUGUGUCAAUUCAAGGAUAUUACUCCUCUCAAGGAACCGUUAGAGGGCGAAAAUAAUAAAAUCCUUGGUCUUUCACGCAUUUUACAAAUUGCCAGAGUAGCCAAAUAUAGACAGCAAUUUACUCCUAAUCAUAUCGAGACGAAAGAUCUUAAACCGGCACAAAGUGUUAUUGGCUCUAAUUUUAAUCAGGUAAAAAAAUGAAAGAAAAUUUAAAUUUU